AUGCUCAGUUUACUGUGUAUUGCUAGAGAGGUUUUUUUUUUUUCUUUUUCUUGGGAGAGUGCAUGUGGGCAGCACAGUGGCUAAAUGCACUGUCCAGACAGAGGUCAGGGGUUUUUCAUCCUCCUAGAGCAGAAAGAGAACUCCUCCUACAAGCUUUAACCAGUACUCUGCUGGACACUGAGAGAAGUCACAAGACUGCUCUAAAUGCUGAUGAGAAAAGAUAUUUAGCAGUUUAUAUUUACUAAAAUAAUUGCACUUUCAUCUUCUGUGUACUGUGGGAGACCAGAUAUAGUGAAUGCAGGGUCCUGGG